UCACGUGAUGAACAAAAUGGCUUCCUAGUGUUUGCUGGGGCUUAAGCCUGCAGGUGUCAGGGGGUUGUGAGCGCAGCCGGCCUGCGGGCCUGAGCUGCGCAAAACGGUGCGGAGAUGCAGAAAAUCAAGUCACUGAUGACUCGCCAGGGUCUCAAAAGUCCACAGGAGAACGUUCAUGACCUCAGUCCUGUUGAGAAUUUUCGGAUUCCUAGCAAGGAGGAGCUGAGAGAACUCCGGGAACAACCAACCGAUCCUCAAGCCCAGCAAGAAAUAAUUAACAGCAUUGAAGAAGUGUAUUUUUCCAAUGAUUCCUUUGAUAUUGUGAAGUAUGAGUUGGAGAAGCUUCCUCCAGUUCUUAGUCUUCAAGAAAUGGAAGAAUACAGAGACAAAUUAAAGCAACAACAAGCUGCUGUAUCUAAAAAGGUUGCAGACUUGAUUCUUGAAAAGCAGCCUGCCUAUGUUAAGGAACUUGAACGAGUUACAUCUUUACAAACUGGUCUUCAGCUAGCUGCAGUCAUUUGCACAAAUGGAAGGAGGCACCUGAAUAUUGCAAAGGAAGGCUUUACUCAAGCUAGUUUGGGACUUCUUGCAAAUCAAAGAAAACGACAGUUGCUGAUUGGACUGCUAAAGUCUCUGAGAACAAUAAAAACACUGCAAAGAACUGAUGUACGUUUAAGUGAAAUGUUGGAGGAGGAGGACUAUCCAGGAGCUAUUCAGUUGUGCUUGGAAUGUCAGAAAGCAGCCAGUACUUUCAAACACUACAGUUGUAUAAGUGAAUUGAAUUCAAAACUACAAGACACUUUGGAACAAAUAGAGGAACUAUUAGAUGUAGCCCUCUCCAAAAUAUGCAAGAACUUUGAUAUCAAUCAUUAUACCAAGGUGCAGCAGGCUUACAGACUACUUGGAAAGACACAGACAGCGAUGGACCAACUACAUAUGCAUUUCACUCAAGCCAUUCACAACACAGUGUUUCAAGUAGUUCUUGGGUAUGUAGAGCUGUGUGCAGGAAACUCGGACACCAAAUUUCAGAAGCUACAGUACAAGGACCUCUGCACACAUAUUACAUCAGACAGCUACAUUCCAUGUCUUGCUGACCUCUGCAAAGCACUCUGGGAAGUCAUGCUUAGUUAUUAUCGAACGAUGAAAUGGCAUGAGAAACAUGACCGAGAUGAGGGAACUGUUUCAUCUUCUGUUUCAGAUGGCAACAAUGUGAUUGGAGCUGAGGAGACCAAUUUUGACCGAAGCUAUGUACAAAAGAAAUUAGAACAUGGACUUUCACGAAUAUGGCAGGAUGUGCAGCUGAAAGUGAAAACAUAUCUGCUGGGGACAGACAUGUCUAACUUCAAAUAUGAUGACUUUAUCUUUGUACUAGAUAUCAUUAGCAGGCUGAUGCAAGUUGGGGAAGAAUUUUGUGGCAGUAAGUCAGAAGUUUUGCAAGAAUCCAUUAGAAAACAAAGUGUUAACUAUUUCAAGAAUUAUCACAGAACUCGUCUUGAAGAAUUACGAAUGUUCUUGGAGAACGAGACCUGGGAGCUUUGUCCUGUUAAGUCAAGCUUUAGUAUUUUACAGCUUCAUGAGUUUAAGUUCAUGGAGCAGUCACGUUCCCCGUCUGUGUCGCCUAGUAAACAGCCUGCUUCAGCAAUCUCAACAACCAUAACUUUGUUUGAGCAAUAUUGCACUGAAGGAAAUCCAUUUGAAAUUCAAGUCAACAGCAAAGAUGAUGAGACAGAAGAUGUACUUGCUUCUAAUGGGUAUGAAUCUGAUGAACAGGAGAAGAGUGCCUAUCAAGAGUAUGACAGUGACAGUGAUGUUCCUGAGGAGCUGAAAAGAGAUUAUGUGGAUGAGCAGACAGGAGAUGUCCCUGUAAAAAGUGUUUCUCGAGAAACCCUGAGGAGCAGGAAGCGAUCAGAUUAUAAUCUCAACAAGGUGAAUGCACCCAUCCUAACAAACACUACACUGAAUGUAAUAAGACUCGUUGGGAAAUACAUGCAGAUGAUGAACAUUCUGAAACCAAUUGCAUUUGAUGUGAUUCACUUCAUGUCCCAGCUGUUUGAUUACUAUCUGUAUGCAGUAUAUACGUUUUUUGGCCGAAAUGACACGUUUGAAUCAACAGGACUGGGUCUUAGUAGUAGCAGGCUCCGCACUACACUAAACAGGAUACAGGAGAGCCUGAUUGAUCUGGAGGUCUCUAAUGAUACCACUGGCACCCUCACAGCUGCUGAAGAGAGAAAGGAGAAGGUGCCAAGUCCACACCUCAGUCAUCUGGUAGUUUUAACAUCUGGCAAUACUCUGUAUGGUUUGGCAGAGAGAGUGGUAGCCACGGAAUCCUUGGUGUUUUUGGCUGAGCAGUUUGAGUUCCUUCAGUCGCAUCUUGAUGCUGUGAUGCCUGCAGCCAAGAAACCCUUUCUCCAGCAAUUCUACUCUCAGACUGUGUCAACUGCCAGUGAACUACGCAAACCAAUUUAUUGGAUUGUAGCUGCCAAAGCUAUUGAUUAUGAACAGAUGCUGCUCCUCAUGGCUAAUGUAAAGUGGGAUGUGAAAGAGAUCAUGUCACAACAUAAUAUCUAUGUUGAUGCUCUUUUAAAGGAAUUUGAACAGUUUAACAGAAGGUUGAAUGAGGUGUCUAAAAGAGUCCGUAUUCCAUUGCCAGUGUCAAAUAUUCUUUGGGAGCACUGUAUACGACUAGCCAAUAGAACUAUUGUGGAAGGUUAUGCCAAUGUCAAGAAGUGUAGCAAUGAAGGGCGUGCCCUGAUGCAAUUGGACUUCCAGCAGUUUUUAAUGAAACUAGAAAAGCUAACAGACAUUAGGCCUAUUCCAGAUAAGGAAUUUGUGGAGACCUACAUAAAAGCUUAUUAUCUGACUGAAAAUGACAUGGAGCGCUGGAUCAAGGAGCAUAGGGAAUAUUCCACCAAGCAGUUGACCAAUCUGGUGAAUGUUUGUCUGGGAUCACACAUCAACAAAAAAGCAAGACAGAAACUGCUAGCAGCAAUUGAUGACAUAGACAGACCUAAAAGAUAAUUAGGGAAAGUUCCUUUUCUUGUGAUUUGAACCUUCUUCUGUUAAUAUGCUGCAUGCAAACCAAUCUCUCGUGGACUACUGAGGACAUUCUGUUAACAAAAAUAUUGUGCAUGGCCUUUCUUAUUUGUGUUGGAAACGCUUUGAAUCAGUCUGCUAUUCUUAAAUGUAACUUUUAUAACCUCUAGUCUUUGUUUCUUUUGUUAUUUUCCUGUACUAGAAAGAUACUAUUGUGCCGGUUAUUCAGCUGUAUAUUUUGCAGAAGUGUAUACUUUAAGUAAAUCAAAAUUACAAGGAAACACAUUGGCUUAAUAUAUAGAUGGUACAUUUUUGGUCAAAGAACCACUUAAAAUGUGAUACUUCAUCUUACGCCCUUCCACCUUUGGAACUUGUGUUUUAUUAUAAACACAUGUAAAGUGAAGGAAAAUGUACACUUUUCUAAUGAUGAAACUUGUAUGUGGAUUAAGAGGGCAAAUCAGCAAAUUAAUAUUGUAAUAUCAAGCCCAUAGUCUUCAUAUAGAUUUUAAAUGUAAGUUUAUUUCAAAAUUGUCAUAUCAAAAUAAUUGACCAGAAAUUAUGGGAAGGUAAUAAAUACUGUACACUAAUA